AUGGAGACUGUGCCCGAGGGCAGACCUCGAGGUAGCAUCGAUAUUGUUGAGAGCGCGAUACUUGACACUAUCAUUCCGCUUGCUGGCGAGCUCAAUAUGGAAGAAGCAUUGAGUGGUUCAGUGGAGAAACUGGAUGAGGGAAGCUAUUCGCCGUUAGCUGCUAUCCCACAGAGACAUGCGUUGUUCUUUGAUGAAAUUGUCAACGUCUAUGUAGUCUUACAAACCCCCGUUUUCGACGAGAGUACCCUUCGCUCCUAUCUGGGAAGGUUGGCGAUCAACCUCGAAGCGCAGGUCGUCAAUGCCCCGACAGAGGGCCAAGAGGCCCCAACGCCCCACGAAGUCAUCUUUAAAAGUUCUGUUCAAGACAGCGAGGAACCGUUAAUUAUCGUACAAGGCUCCGACGAACAUGACGAGAAUGCUGCGGAUCAUAUACUGGUUGUAUGGAAACUAUCCGCUCCUCUAGUUAGACCUAGAUUACGUCUACAUAGUCCAUCGGUGGUAUUCUCUGCGACCGCAAGCUUGAAACCUAGUGAGCAGGUAGAAAGUGAUACAAUUACUGAAGAGUAUUUACCGAGCCAAAUACCUUCCGGGAUGAAUUUGUUGGAGGCAUUUAGCGACGACCCUGCAAUGGGUGGAAUAAAACCACGAUUAUCAGCCCUCAGAGUUUCUCAGGUACGGCCACCUAGUCAGGCUACGAGCGAGCUGCUCCGCCCUUUGAAAAAUAUAUCACGUCAAUCGGUGAAGAUAUACCCAGCAAUAAAUGCUCGUGUUAGAUAUUCAAGGACGAGUACCAUAUCAAUCAACAGCUCUGUCGUGGCAUCUUUAGACAUUGACAUCACCCCUUUCGCCAGCUGUAAGAUCACUAUCGAGAAGGUUGAACUCGAGGUCAGUGGAGGAUCCGUCAAAGACCUAAACGUUAUUUCAGGCGUGACUUUACCUAUCACAUGUCUUCCUCAAGAUGAUCUCACAUUUCUCUACAAACUGGCAGCCGAUUAUAUGGACCCUACCAUCAAAUCACAAAUACGAGUCUUGGACAUUGCUAUUGUCGCUACAGCACAUCUGUCAAAAGUUUGCCAGCCGGUUAUCACAAUGCGAUGGGCAACUUCUCUAGAUUUCACCCCCCCAGUAAAUCCGGGAUACGGACUCCCAACUCAAGCAAUACAAAGAGCUCAUCGACCUGCACACCUCUCAAUUGGCUCUGCAACAGAAACUCCCACCAUCUCAACACUUGCAAGCACCAGACCAGACGCUCUACCUUCGAUAGAUAUUACCACCCGCCAAACACGAGACUCGAACGUCCCUGACUUUGGCGUUACGAUGACGUUCACUGCUCCUACAGCAGACACCCCCAUAUAUCCAGGCAUUGCCUUCACCUGGUCAGUCUUCAUAGUAAAUCGAUCUGAUAGACCUCGAAAACUGGCCGUUACGGUUCUUCCCAAGCGGCGGCGGACCGAGACACGGAUGAACCGCCCUCCAUCAGUGCAGAAGAACGAUCCUAAAAUCGCGGAUGCGGUAGUCGACGACAACAUUAUUCAUGCGAUGCAGAAAAGUGCUGCUCUCGAGGCAACAGAAAUUGUAUGUCUAAGUACAGAUACUCGUGUUGGUCCGUUGCUACCAUUGGCAUGCUACGAAGUAGAACUCAAGUUUAUAGCUUUCAAAGUUGGUAUUGUGGAUAUUGAGGCUGUUCGCAUUAUCGACCUGGGAUCACAAGAACAUGUGGACAUAAAGGAUUUGCCCAGCAUCGUUGUAUCCCCGAUUCCUCAAACAGAUGAAUAA